AUGGCAUGGUUCAGCUGGUGUUUGGCGGCCAUAGCAGUUGCACAAGACUGCCAGGUACCUCCCUCGCCGAAUAUGGGAUAUCCACCCUGCUUGGAGGGCCUCACUGUGCCAGAUGGUGGAAUAUGCACUCCACAGUGUGUUUCAGGAUUCACACCUCACGAGAAUCAGAUGCUUUGCACCGAUGGCAACCUCAGCCUGGGUGGUACAAUCACUUGUGUACCAGACUGUAUAGCACCAGCAGAGAUCUCGGAUGCAGCUGACAUUCCUUGUGCUGAAGGCAUGUCAUUGCCACACGGCGGACGCUGUACUCCGGUUUGUUCCAAUGGAAGUCUCCCGGUGGACAGCAGCCCGCUGCUUUGUCACAAUGGCCAGCUGUUCCCGAGCUCAUUCACUUGCCGUCUUUUCCGGUGCGCUCAACCAGCGGGCCUCUUCACCGAUACAUAUCAUCCGGAGACACCUUUCGAAGCUUUGAAAGGUGCUGUCACACUUUGGUCUGAGACCUUUCCAAGUGCACUAGACUACCCUGCCGAAGAGCAUUGCAGCUCCGCAUCUUCCGGUGGAACCGGCUGUAGCACUUGCUACAGCCCCUUGAUGACCGUGGAGGUGUCCCCAGACAUCGCGACCAUUGACGCCCUCUCAGCCGUGGUGGUGGCCUUUGAAGCGAUCCAAGGUCGUCGCUUAGCCCUCGCCUUCGAGGAGAUCGCUGCAACAUGGACUUUCGAAGGCGGGCUGAGCGUUCUCGAGGAGUUCUCAACCUUUCCAGAGGACUUCGUCUUCUUGGAGGGCGAGGUGACCUCUGAGGAGACGCGCCUACCAGCAGGCACUCGGCUGAGGAGUCCCUUUGUGAACACCUGGGGACACCUGGACUCGGGCCCCGACCCGGACAGCGCCAGUGCCGCCCACAGCGUCUACAGCGCCGUGCAGAUCGUCCCGCGCUUGGUAAGGCCAGGCCAGGCGCUGGGACUGGCCUUGCGGAUGGUCUUUAAGUAUACCAUUCCUGGAUGCACCAUUGGUCGCGAAGGUUUACCUGGAGUCACCAUGUCUUUAUCUCUUCAAUCCCUGGUCUUCAACCUCACUGCAUGUGCUGCCAUUGGCGACCUCAGCAGCUGCUCCGUGGCCUGUGCCGAGCACGCCUCAGGGGACGCCACGGCGGUCUGCGCGGCAGAGGGCGGCACCUUUGCCUUCGAGGGCUGCCGGGCGCAUUGCUUGGCCCUGCCGCGAUAUCACCCAUCCACGCAUCCGGAUGGUGUGGUCCAAGCGGCUGAAGUGAGCUGUGCAGAGGGCACUUCGAUCCUACACGGGGCCACGUGCAGUCCAGUUUGCGAAGAGGAGCUGAUGUCCGACGUCCCCUCCUUGCGGUGCAACGACUCGGCCUUCGAGCCAGCACGCUUCAGCUGCAUUCCCACGUGUGCACCGCCGGAGGGUGGGCCUUACGCUGGAUCACCACCUUGUGAGGAGCUUCUCACACAGCAGCUCCUGCGGGAGUGCCAUGCACGCUGCCAACCAGGCUAUCGGCCCCGCUGGGCCGAGCCGGAGGCGAGUAACGGCCCUGUCUCACCACUGGAGCUGGUCUUGAACUGCAGCUUGUCGGGCACUUGGUCGCCUUCCAACUUCGAAUGUCAACCGCUGUGGCUGGAGAUCUCGGAGGUGUCCGCCGAUUGGGCCCACCGCUGGGCGACCUUCCACACGGGCGACGGCGACGGGACUCGGGUCUUUCUGCGUGUGAGUGCGGAGGUCGAGAAGCGAAAGGUCAAGGAGAUGGAAGCAUUUCUACUGGAGUGGCAGGGCAGUGAAUUUCAAUCACUUGGACUUCGCAGUAUUGGAUGGAAUGCUUCAGUGGAAGCCUUAGAGGCCCUGCCCUAUUGGUCCCACUCUUCCCUCUACCUCGUCACCACCCGGCUCCGCGGUGACGCUCCCGCCGCGCCCGGUGCCUCGUCCUGCGCGCCGCUUCUGCGGCUCAGCUGGACGAGCGCUGAGCUGCUGAGCGAGGAGGUGCAGCGCUUGCCCUUCGCGGAGCUGCCGGGGCCGCUGCAAGUGCUGGCCACGCCCUGGAACCAGGUGAUCAUGUUGGUCCCUGGGAUGCCAGGACAAGGUGCGGCCGGGCCACCCUGCAACGACACCGAGGCCAACAGCAGUGAGAUUUUGGAGCUACCAGCCAUGUAUUUCUGGAAUGGCAUGCGCUUUGAGGAGUCUCAACGCUUGGAGCAUGGAGCCACACUCCUUGAAGUCUUCGUUUGGCGGGAGCAGGUCAUGGUGCUGGCCGUUGGAGGCGACGUCUCCUCACUCUACGCCAUGAACCGGACGCAGUCGGAGCUCUGGCUGCUACUCAAUGUCUCUCUCGGUGGAAUCUCUGCCCUGGUGUGGCUUGGGUGUCAAGACGACUUGGGCUUCCUGGAUGUCAGUGGACAAUCCUGCUCUCAGUUGAGCUCCGCCUCUUGCAGUGCUGAAGACAUUCGACGAGCUUGCGGUCGUUCUUGUGGGUGCCCUCAUGAUUUUCCCUUCUUGGCUGUGGCCUUCAGAUCACCACCCAGCCUCUCUAUCUUAGAGCUCAGCGACGACCCGCCACAGCUGAUGCCAGUGACCGGCAGGACCGCCCAGCCGAUCCGAAGCAUCACGGUGACCUUCGCCUGGGCGAUUUCAGAGCAAUUCCUGGUGACAACGCCUUUUAGCUUGGAAGAGGACGCUUUAAUCUUCACCUGGCGUCCAGUUCUUCGACAGCUCACAUAUGUUCAAACGCUUCGGCCCGCACGCACCGGUGCCUGGGCAGUCUCCAGCAGCAACGUGAGCCUUCUGUUGAGUGCUGGCAGAGACUCAGGAGUGGCCGACUCACGGCUUUAUGCGGUCGAUGCGACCUUCGACUGGUACGCUGGACCCUGGGGCGAAUGCAAUGGCACCUGCCGCGGCAAAGACUUCGUCUUCCGCCAUCGGGAGGUGGCUUGCCGCAGCAUGCCCAGCGGGUUGUGGCAUCGUGGUGCGGGCUGCCUGGGCACAGCACCGAUGACGGAAGAGAGAUGCCAAAACUUGGAGCCUUGCCCCAAGGACUCCUUCACUUGGAGCGUAGGGCCUUGGAGCGCUUGCGAAGGCCUCUGUGGAAAAGGCUUGCGCCGUCGAAGCCUCAGCUGCCUACGACAGUUGGUGGCCGCCAACGGUUCAGCUCUAGGAGACCCGCGCGAGGCGCUGGAGUCCGAGUGUCCGACACCUCCGAGUGCUCAGCUGGAAUGCCCCCUGAAGGCCUGUGGCAGCUUCCGUCUUCGAAACCGAGUGGCCCUGCAGAGCGCUUGGCACGUCGUGGAAGUGGCCUUCUUCGUGGACAUUGCAUGCAAGCAGCAGGUGCACGGCUGGGCGGUGGCGUCGGGGCGCUGUGCUGGCUGCGCGUGUCAGAACGCCACGCAGCAUGUGGUCCCCUGUGGGCCGGAGCUGGCCAUCGAUGGCUACUGGGACCCCACACGGCUGCAAGCCUCGCAGUGGAUCUCACAAUGCGUCUCUGGCACUCCCGCAUGUGCUCCCGGCGAAGCGUGGAUCGGCCUGCAGGUCCAGGCCACCAGCGAGGUGCGCUGCGUCCACCUGCUGCAGUCCGCCGAUCCGGCCUACAUGGCCCGCGAGGCGCGCGCGUGCGUGAACGCGGGCGGUGUGCAGCGGGGCGGCCGAAGCGAAAGCCGUGGAAGCACCGUCGCCUUGGAGGUCAUCGAUGAGGAGCGAGGAGUCUGGGAAGUCCUGGCGGAGCAUCUUCGCAGAAGAGCGAGGUAUGCCAACUUGCAGGGAGCUGUGAUCCUCAAUGAUGGCAACUACUCCUGGGACGUGCUGUCCGUGCCACAGGUACCCCGACUGUGGGCGGAUGCCAUCAAGCAGGAUCUGGAGGUGAGUCUCUUUCAAGAUCUCCAAUGCCAAAGCGAAGUGCCCCUGAGAUCGGCUUCUCAGUACCUCUCCAUGGACGGUUCGACCUCCCAACGGGCCUUCGAUGGUCAGCUGGACAGCACUUGGAUCGGCAACGCGGCGUUGGACGAAGGGACGGGGCCAUGGCUGGGCGUCGUGUUGCAGCACCCGGUGGAUGUGGCCUGUGUGAAGGUGCUGCAGGGCGAGGGGCGUUUUGGGGCUGAGGAGAUCGCGUUGGAGCUGUGGGUGGGUAAUUGGAGCUAUGAAUUGGACUGGAAGGAUGACAAUGCGAGCAAUGAGAGCAAUAAGAGCAAUGAGACUGGUAUCGAUGAGGCUACUCUUCCGCAUGAGAACAGCAGUGAGAACAGAAGUGAGGGCCAAUGGUGGCGUGUUCGCACAUGGCCUGACCUUAGCAAGCGGAGCAGACCAGCACUCUUGCAGCUCACUUGUGAUGUGGGUCUACCAGCUGCCAUUCAUGUACUGCAUGAUUGUGGCAACAACAAACAGCCCUGGCAACAGUGCAUGGCCUGGUGUGAACCAGGAUUUUCAGGACCUGAAACCUCCUUCCUUUGCCUUGAAGACUACAGCUUUCGCGGGAUUACGCCGGCCUGCGUCCCGAACGAGUGCCGCUUGGGCAUUCCGACAAAGGUGGGCUUGAUCAUCGCCGAUGGCUGUGCUCAGCUCCGCACGGGCGAGACCUGCACCGCCUUCUGCGGCCAAGGGUUGAGUGGCGAACCCUUGGAAUACGAGUGCAGUGCGGAUGGAUAUCUCAGGGAGUCCAAAUCUGGCCAGGUUGGUGUGGUGCCCUCCUGCGCCUCCUCCUUUACACCGGUGGAAGCCCUCGGCAGAGCUGGCCGCACGGCGAGUGUGGGGCUGAAGUUCACGGUUGCAUGGCUUGCGCAGUGGCUUGCGCUGUUGGUGACUUGACGCACCGACUGGGCCAAACGGCAGCGACUUGCUGAAGCGACUGACUCCAUGAAGCUCGUGGACUCGGACUCCACACCUGGAGGACGUGGUGCGUCAAAAAAGCUCCGCGUUGGAGACAGGAGCGCAUGCACGACCGAGUGCACGAUCGAGGGAACAGAAGACCUUCAAAUCCGCGGCGACCCGUGUCGGUGGCCAUGGAGAACGGCGGAGAACGGCCGGGCGGACCAUUCCGACCGAUCGACGAGGAGACAUAUGCAGAGCUCCCGUCCAAAAAUGCGAAAAGAAGACUGAGCAUCUCCGCGUGGUCCUCAGUGAGAUGGAGGGGGUGGAGAAUAAGAACCAGGCUUUUCUUCGGGCAAUGGUUAUUUGAGAAUGAGAGAUCGCUCUCAGAUGGGUUUUGAGAAACUCAGAAUCAAGAAUCUUAUGAAUCCUCCAGUCCACUUGAUGCCUUUUGUUGAUCCCUUCAAACAGCUUCUUUGCACCUUGCUAAAAUGAUAAUAGGGAGAGCCUGGGAGAGCCCCACUUCGACCCUAUAAAAUGCAAACACCCAUUAAAUAGCUUCAGGGGAAAAAAAAACAGGAACGAUGUACACCCC